AUGGCAGAGCGCUUCGAGAUGAUCAAGACCAACGACGAGGUGGAUGAAAGACUUGGAUUCAUACGCAUUGAGGAGGGGAACCGCAGGGAGGGGUGGCUGAUCAAUAUGCAUCCGACGACUCUGAAGGAUCCGGAGUGGCCUUCAGGAAAGGCUGCAGUGGACUACUACUUUAUACAAGAUGAUGGCGGCAUGUUCAAGGCGACACACGUCUACGAGCCAUAUUUCUACAUCGCCUGCAAGGCCGGCACUGAGACUACAGUCGAAGAAUGGCUGAACAAGAAAUACGAGGGCAUCAUUUGCCGUAUAGUGCGCCACCGCAAGGAAGACCUCAAGCUGCCGAACCAUCUCAUGGGGCACCAGAGGCUCUACAUCCAGCUCUGCUUCCGCAAUGUUACCGACCUUCUUACCGUCAGACGAGACAUCAUGCCCAUUGCUCUAGCCAACGGUGCUAAGCGGGAUGCCGUGGACGCUUACGCCGAAGUCGUGAGCGCGACUGCAGGCGCUUCCAUGGACAUUGAACUCGACAACGAACUGGACGGCGUGAGCAGCAGAUACCGUGACCGCGACCCGCAAGACAGCAUCAUCGACAUUCGCGAGUACGACGUGCCGUAUUACCUUCGUGUUGCCAUCGACAUCGACAUCCGUGUCGGCCUAUGGUACGGGGUUACUUUCGAGGCGGGGCAACCCCACUUCACCCAUCUCGCCGAGCGCGUCAAGCGUGCGGACCCAGUCGUUAUGGCGUACGAUAUCGAGACGACGAAGGCGCCGCUGAAGUUCCCUGACCAGGCGCUCGACCAGGUCAUGAUGAUUUCCUACAUGGUCGACGGGCAGGGCUACCUCAUCACGAACCGCGAGAUUGUGAGCGAGGAUAUUGGCGACUUUGAGUACACGCCCAAGGAGGGCUACGAAGGGCCGUUCAUCGUGUUCAACGAGGCAGAUGAGGCAGCGACAAUAUCUCGCUUCUUCCAGCACAUCCAGGAAAUCAAGCCGACAGUUAUGGCGACAUUCAACGGCGACUUUUUCGAUUUCCCUUUCCUAGACGCCCGUGCGAAGGCGAAUGGCAUCGACAUGUUCCUCGAGAUCGGGUUCACCAAGGACAAUGAGGACGAGUACAAGAGCCGGUGCUGCGUCCACAUGGACUGCUUCCGCUGGGUAAAGCGAGACUCGUAUCUACCUCAAGGCAGUCAGGGCUUGAAGGCCGUCACGACCGCGAAGCUGGGCUAUAACCCCAUUGAACUGGACCCCGAGCUCAUGACCCCAUACGCCCAAGAGCAGCCGCAGGUGCUCGCCCAGUACUCCGUCUCCGAUGCCGUGGCAACGUACUACCUGUACAUGAAAUACGUCCAUCCGUUCAUCUUCUCGCUCUGCAACAUCAUCCCGCUCUGUCCGGAUGAGGUUUUGCGAAAGGGAACAGGAACGCUGUGCGAAACUCUCCUCAUGGUUGAAGCAUACCGGGGCCAUAUCAUCAUGCCCAACCGUCACGAGGAAGCGCACGGUAACAUGUAUGAGGGCCAUCUUCUGGCUUCUGAGACCUACGUCGGAGGACAUGUUGAGGCGCUCGAGGCAGGAGUCUUCCGAAGUGAUAUUCCGACCGACUUCAAGAUAGAUCCCACGGCUAUCCAGGAGCUCAUAGACCAGCUUGACGCUGCACUCACCUUCUGUAUAGUCGAGGAGUCGAAGUGCUCUUUGGACAAGGUCACAAACUACGAGGAGGUCAAGGGCGAGAUUCAGCGCAUGCUCGAGGUCAUGCGCGAUGACCCAAAGCGCACGGACAAGCCGCUCAUCUACCAUCUGGAUGUCGCCGCCAUGUACCCGAACAUCAUGUUGUCCAACCGUCUUCAGCCCGACUCCAUGGUCGACGAGUCGGUUUGCGCGGUCUGCGACUACAAUCGUCCGGGCAAGACCUGCGACCGCCGGCUCGAAUGGGCAUGGCGAGGAGAGUUCUUCCCCGCUCAUCGCGACGAGUACAACAUGAUUCGCCACGCGCUUAAUCAGGAGCAUUUCCCGCCCAAGCGUCCCGGCAAUCCCGAGCGGAGGUUCGUCGACCUCUCGCCGGCGGAGCAGACGGCCCUGCUGCACAAGCGUCUUGGCGACUACUCCAGGAAGGUGUACAAGAAGGUCAAGGACACGAAGGUCGAGACGCGCACGUCCAUUGUAUGCCAGCGCGAGAACCCCUUCUACGUCGACACCGUCCGUCGCUUCCGUGAUCGACGCUACGAGUACAAGGGCCUGCAUAAGACCUGGAAGAAGAACCUGGACCAGGUCACAUCGGAGGGGCGCUCCAUGGCGGAGGUCGACGAGGCGAAGAAGAUGAUUGUGCUGUAUGACUCCUUGCAGUUGGCGCACAAGUGCAUCCUGAACUCCUUCUACGGCUACGUGAUGCGGAAGGGCGCUCGGUGGCAUUCCAUGGAGAUGGCUGGCAUCACCUGCUUGACCGGAGCGAAGAUCAUUCAGAUGGCGCGCGCCCUGGUCGAGAGGAUCGGUCGGCCGCUGGAACUCGAUACGGAUGGUAUCUGGUGCAUGUUGCCUGGCGUCUUCCCGGAGAACUUCAAGUUCAAGCUCGACAACGGGAAGAACAUCGGCUUCUCGUAUCCUUGUACCAUGCUCAACCACCUCGUCCACGACCAGUACACGAACCACCAGUACCAUGACCUCGAUCCCGAAACCGGCGAGUACAAGAUCCAGAGCGAGAACUCUAUCUUCUUCGAGCUCGACGGUCCUUACAAGGCAAUGAUCCUGCCGGCGUCAAAGGAGGAGGACAAGUUGUUGAAGAAGCGGUAUGCGGUCUUCAACGACGAUGGAUCCCUGGCCGAGCUGAAGGGCUUCGAGGUCAAGCGCCGCGGAGAGCUGCAGCUCAUCAAGAUCUUUCAGUCGCAGAUCUUCGAGAAGUUCUUGCUAGGCACCACGACGCAGGAGUGCUACGCCGCUGUCGCCGAAGUCGCUGAUCAGUGGCUGGAUGUGCUAUUCAGUCAUGCCGACAGCCUGCCCGACGAAGAGCUCGUCGAACUCAUCGCCGAGAACCGUAGCAUGUCAAAGACAUUGGCGGAGUACGCUGGCCAGAAGUCGACGUCCAUCAGCACGGCGCGUCGUCUGGCUGAGUUCUUGGGCGAUCAGAUGGUCAAGGACAAGGGCCUGGCUUGCAAGUUCAUCAUCUCGCAGCGCCCCAUUGGCGCUCCCGUCACUGAGAGGGCCGUACCUAUCGCCAUCUUCUCCGCCGAGGAGGACGUGAAGCGAACGUACCUGCGGAAAUGGCUCAAGGACAACAGCCUGGUCAACUUCGACCUUCGGUCUAUCCUGGACUGGGAUUACUACAUCGAGCGUCUCGGCUCUGUCAUCCAGAAGCUCAUCACCAUCCCCGCCGGCAUGCAGAAGAUCCCCAACCCCGUCCCUCGCAUUCGCCAUCCGGACUGGCUGCACCGUCGCGUAGCCAAUGCCGUUGACAAGUUCAAGCAGAACAAAGUCACUGACUUCUUCAAGGUGGCUACUGCCGAGGAGAAGGCCGCAGCCGCAGCUGUCGACCAGGGUACGGCGGACAUGGAGGACAUGGGCCAAUCAGCGCUGUACCCGGGUCGCAAGCGCAUCGCCCUUGUGAAGCGAAAGCUCCAGCGAGAGCCUACACCAGAACCGCAAGAAGAUUUGAGCACAGCAGUACUCCCGGACCCGCACGAGGACUAUUCCGCCUGGCUUCGCGCGAUGCGACCACGGUGGAAGAUGCGUCGGGAGGGCGUCGCCGACGUCAACGUCCCUUCCAUGUUCCGCAAUGCGAAGACUCGCGCGGAUCGUAGAUGGGAUAUCGUUCAGAUCCGCCCCACCGACGUCCCGGGCCGGUACAUGCUUUGGUUGUCGGUGGAGGCCGACCUUGUCUCGGUCGCCGUUCGCGUUCCGCGACAGUUCUACAUCAACCUGCGCACACCAAGGGAGACCAUAUUCGACAACGACCUGUACCAGUGGGAGAAGGUUACGCGCACUUUGCCUAGAGGUUUGCCUGCCACAAACCUCUACCGCAUCAUUGUGCGAGAGGACGUGUUCCGCGGGAACCAGGAGCACUUCAUUGAUCUCAUGAACGAUCCUAAUGUUGACGGUGUCUUCGAACAGCAGAUACCUUUGGAAAUGCGCGCGGUGCUGAAGCUUGGGAAAGCGUGCCGAGCUACCAACGCCAGCAUGACGCUCAAUAAAGCGGAGACCGUAGGGUUCAAUCUACAACAACUGGAGACACUCGGUCCAGCCGCCGGCGUUCGCCGCCCUUACCUGAACAAGGGCCAGAACAGCAAGUUCAUCCUCCUGUAUCAUGCCUGCUCCGCGACGGCUGCUUUGCAUGUCUUCGCUCUCUUCUACCCAGGCGGCGCCGUCAAGAUGCAUGUUGUCGACCCGGCAACUCGCCGUCAACCCAUACCUCGUCUGCCGGAGACAUACGCCCAGUUGAAAGACAAGCGCGCAUCCAUCCUCAGCGGCUGCAAGGCAUAUGAUUACCCCGCGGCUUGCGACUUCACCACCACCUUCCACGGCAACGACGCCACUGCGCUCAAAGCGGUGUCCAGGGAGCUCGGUCUCAUUGAGAAUCGUGGGUACACUGUGGUCAUCUCGUCAAGCAAAGACCAGUCAUACUUCGACCGCAGUGUGCAGAAGCUCACGAAGUUCCCUAUCUUGUCUAUGACGAAGAUUAGGCAAGCGCACACCUUGGAUGUCUUCCCUUGGCAGUUGCACGUCGCGCACAAGAUGAACGCCCGUUACCUUGCGAUGGGACCAUGGCUUGAUCGCCUCAUUGCUACAGCGCAAUACUUCGACGUGCCGAUUGGUCAUCUCGAUGGAGACCAACCAUUGGUCGUGUCCGACAUCAGCUUUGCGCGCCGUCUUGUGCAACAAGACAUGGUGCUGUGGUGGUCACCGGGAGAGAAUCCGGACUUGGGCGGCAUUGAAUGUGACAGGCGGCCAACGGAUGACUUCCCGCGAACAGAGUUCAUGUCCCCAGGGGCGUAUCCUAAUGUCUGCUUGGAGAUUACCAUUCGCAACCUCGCGGUGAACUCCGUCCUUCAUUCGGUACUCGUCAAUGAACUCGAGGGCAGCGGUGGCGCCACCGCUUUCGACGCAGUGUCGCAUACCAUCGACGAGUACCGCAAGGGUGAGAAUCAGCGCGACGUGACGUUCGGUGAAUCCAAUGUCUCACCGCAUAUGUUCUCCAUCCUCCGCAAUAUGCUGAAAGGCUGGCUGCUGGACCGGAUUGUUGACGAGACGGCGGGUGGACCAGCGUCCAUGGGUAUCGACCAUUUCUGGCGAUGGAUCAGCUCGAGCAACGCGACGAUGUAUGACCCCAGUCUCCAUCGCUUUGUGCACGGCCUUAUGCGCAAGACAUUCAUCCAGAUGCUUGCCGAGUUCCGCCGGCUAGGCUCACAGAUCGUCUGCGCAGACUUCGGGCGCGUGCUCCUCGCGACAUCGAAACCGCCCGGCACCGCAUACGCAUAUGCGACGUACCUCACUAGCGCAGUGACAUCGCACGAGCUGUUCGAGCACGUGAAGUUGACGACGGACCGCUUCUACGACUUCCUGCUCUUCAUGGACCCAGCCAACGUGGGUGGAGUCGUAUGCGAGGACCCACUCGCGGUUGAGCCUCCCACCGAGCUCGCGCUGGAGAUGCGAUGGAACAUUGCCCAGUUCUUGCCGAAAGCAAUCCGCCCGGAUUUCGAGGCUGUCGUGCAGUACUUCAUCGUCGAGCUCUUCAAGGCAAGGCAGAAAGUCAAUGCAGCAACGCGGGUACCCCUUCGCCCUCUUGCGAAUGGUGCGCCCGAGUCGACGCCGAGGGAUGUGGCGAAAGUCCAGGAGGCGGACCUCAUACAGGAAUUCAUCUCGCGCAAGCUCACGCGCAAGAUGCUGCGUGCGGUCGAUAGCGUGCAGGACCGAUAUCGUGCUGCUCAACUCGGAGACUCUGAUGAGGCGGACGACUUCCGUUUCCCUGUCCUGCCGGGAUCGCACCUCACACUUGAGAGUCCUCCUCUCGAGUUCGUCAAAUUCGCAUGCGCAGUCUUCACGCUCGCCAAAGACUAUACCGUCGAGGUUGGCUUGUUGAAGCGCCUACUGCUGGAGCUCAUUGGCGUACGAGAGUUUGCGUCGGAAGCCGCAUUCCGCAAUCCUUGCGAACCUCUCGUCCUCCAUGGGGUUCCAUGUCGACACUGCGAUGCGUUGCGGGACUUCGACCUCUGCCGAGACCCCGACCUACUCCCGGGUGCGCAAGGCGGCGCAACCCCGCGAUGGGCAUGUGCGACGUGCGGUGGCGAGUACGACCGCCUGGCGAUCGAGUUCAGGCUGGUGGGAAUGGUUCAGGGGAUGGAGCGGGCGUUUGCACAGCAGGAUCUUCGUUGCUCGCGGUGCCAACAGGUGCAGUCGGACAACGUCUCGCGGACGUGCCACUGCUCGGGCGCCUACCAGCAUACGAUGAACAAGGCGGAUAUACGGCGUCGUCUGCGGACGGCGGUCAAUGUCGCCAUCGUUCACAACCUACCGCGGUUGAAGGAAUGUGCCCAGUAUCUGUUGAGUAAUUGGUGA